AUGGUGGACGGUGUCCUUCACGAAUCAGCUCGCUCCUCCUCAUGGGCAAACCCUCCAGCAGGAAGGAGGACACAAAGCUCGGUUUCUGUCGGGGGAAAAUCGGGCGUUUCGUCGGCAGCAGCAGGAGGAGCGUGUGUGGCCGCGGAGGCAUCCUUUUCUCUCCUGCGCCACCCCGCACACAAUGAGAACAAACCAGCGCGCUACACACCCGGGUCCGAGCCCCGAACCGAGCUCCAGGGCCGCGGGAAGACUCUCUCCUUCACCGGCGUCCUCAUGGCCUCAGCAGCCCAUCCUCCGGAGCUCUAUUCCAGGUGAAAUGUCCGUGUGUGAGCCGCCGACCUCUUCCUGGGAGCUGGGAGUGGAAGUGAAGCAGCAACCGCUCUCACUGCGUCAGAUCUCUGAGCCCUCCCCGUCCUCCCUCCUCCCUUUUCCCCCCCUGUUCUCCUCCCUUUCCCCUCCCUCCUGCUGGGUGAGGAGGAGGAGGAGGAGAAGUGAAAGUGUUUGUGCACACUUGUUUAAAAUAAAGCAAAACAGACUAAAAACACGUGAUAAAAAAAGGUUUCGAGGUUUAAAUGAAUCUGCCUCUGGCAGAAAAAAUGACUUAAAAAAUAAAACAAAGCAACUUUUCACCAAACAGAGGGACAGGAGAUGAGACAUAAAUGUCUAAAAUAUAAUUACAUGUAAUAAUUAGAUGAAUGUAAGUGUAUUUGUUUCUGAUUGAGUAUAUUUUAGGAGUUUUUUAAUCUUAUUUUGCCGUGUUUUUCCGUGCCCGAAAACAGGAGCGGAGUGAGGACUCUGUCGCCAUCUACAGGACAGAAGGUGCAAAUGCAGCAUGAACCUUUAUUCAUGUAGCCUAACCUACUAUUAAAACAAUAUUAAAGGAAUAUGGGACAUAUUCAAUGGUAUUAUUAAAGAUGGUGUUAAACAACAGAGCUACCCUCAAUUUUUUUUAGAUAACAAUAUUCAACAGGAUAACAUAUAGCUUUAGGCAGCUCCUUCAGCAGCAGACUGAGACUCCCACCCUGCAGGACGGAGCGCUACCGCAGAUCAUUCCUCCCCUCUGCAAUAAGACUUUACAAUGAACAGUAACAAAACUGAUUUAACACCACCACUUUUUUUAUGGCAUUUAAAUUGUGUAUAUUGUAGAAAGCUUUAUUUUUUCUUCUCCCUUUUCUAAUUUUUUUCUUAAUUAUUACAUUUAUUUAAGUUCUUAAUAUUAGGACCCUUAUUGUUAUAACUGCAUUUUUGCACUUUUUGUCUUGUCUGUGAUGCUGCUGUGACAAAAAAAUUUCCCCCAUGGGGGAUCAAUAAAGGAAUAUUCUAUUCUAUUCUAACAUGGAUGAUGUGGUCAACAGCUUUAAUCAUUUUUUUGUAGAUGUUGGACCAAACCUGGCAGGAAAAAAUCCAGAUUCAUUGCUUUCUGACAAUGGGAAUGAUAAGCUUAUAGAGUGGAAUCCUAAUUCAAUGUUCCUCACAGUAGUGAAGAAAAAGAAAUAAUAGAUAUUGUAAGUAAAUGUAAAAACAAAACAUCUACUGAUUCAAAUAGAAUUAAUAUGAAAGUUGUAAAAAAAAGGUCAUUGAAGGAAUUUCAAAACCACUCACAUAUAUCUGUAACUUAUCCUUCCAAACAUGUGCAUCAUAUAAAACAUGUGCAAAGUAAACUGUCAAGAAACAUUUGAGUCCUGAGUAAAACAAAACACAUUCUGGACCACAAAUCAAAACUACAAAUUCUCUCCUGUUCACUGAUUUUACCAUAUUUAUACUACUGUGCAGAGGUUUGGGGCAAUAUUUAGAAAUGUACAAUACAAUCACUAUCUAUACUGCAGAAAGGAGUCUUAAGAAUAAUUCAUAAUACAGGUUAUAGAGAUCACACAAAUUCACUAUUCUUAAAAUCAAAAACAUUAAAAUUCACUGACCUGGUUCACUUUCAAACAGCACAAGUCAUGGACAAAGUAAUAAACAAUCUACUGCCUGGAAACAUCCAAAAAUUGUUUUAGGGUUAUUAUCUGAGGGGGGAUUUUAACCUAAAGCAUCAGUGGUAUGUACAAUACUAAAAAGUUUUUGUGUUUCUGUUUGUGGAGUAAGGUUGUGGAGCAGAUUAGGUGUGAAGCUCAAGCGUUGUCCAAGCAUGACCCAUUUUAAAAAGAGGUACAAAAACAUGGUUCUCACCAGGUACAGGGAGGAAGAAGGGCUCUAAACAACAGGUGUGUUCAUAAAUGAUUAAUGUAGUUAUUUACUCUAUUUAUGUGCUUUUUUUUAAUGUUAAUAUAAUUUAGUUUUGCUGGAGACUGACUGAUAUUACUCGAGUAAAGGAGAAGGGGUAGGUUUAAAAAAAAAAAUUACAUAAUAAUGCUUCAUCCUACUCCUUUUCGGACAUGUUGGGUUUGCAUUAUUAUUAGUAGUAUUUAUUGUUUUUACUUUUUUGCUUUGAUUAUUGUUACUGUUGUUUUGAAAAUUCUCACUGGUUUUGUUCAGUUUACUUUUGGUGUUGCACACACAAAAAAUAAAUGAAAUGAAAUGAAAUAUAUUUACUUUUUUGACCAGCUGUUCGUGACCCAUCCAGAACGUGCCCAUGACCCACUUUUAUGUUGGGACCCACCAGUUGAGAAUCACUGGUCUAACCUAUUAUUAAUAAAUCUUAACUUAUAUGGGACUAAGUUCACAGUCUUUAUUAUAUAAAGAGCAGGUUGUGUGAAAGUAAAUGAAAUGAAAGUAAGAGAGAUAUUUAAGCUCACUUUUUCCUCUGAGGACUCCUGAUCUUGAGCUGAGCUUGUCUUUAAAUGAACCUCUUCUUUUCAAUCUCAGACCGCUCUUAUCAGUCCGUGUGUUUAUUCUGCAGCAGAUCAAACCUCCAGGUCGGACCGUGA